UACGGGAUAACAUAUGUUGACUUCUGUGGUGGAUAAAUAUGAAGAGUACAUUUUCAUGCUUCUUUGAUGAAGUGCUAUGGAUUCUUAUUGACAAGGUGUAUAGAGACAACUUAUUUCAAGCAUUAACAAACAUCAACCUCAAUUAUGGAUGUUAAAUAAUCAUGUCUUAGGCGGAGAUGUACUUCACGUUCUGUGUUUGUCUAUGCAAAUCGUACCCUAUCAAGUUCUAUUGAGAAAAUUUAUAUGUUGAAAGCAUGACCAACAUGCAUGCACUCUUCUGAGACAUCAUGUGUGGCCAAGAAAAGUGGAAUCUUCAUAAGCAAAAACUGUUCAGUGAUUUUAAAAGAGCUUUAGAACAUAAUUGUGCACAUGUAAUUAAAAAUUGGAACUGAUUUCCAAAAGAUAAUCUUAUCACCUAAAAAAAAAUAUAUUUAUGAAAUAAAUAUGCACAAACACAAAUUAUUAUUGUAUAUUUGAUAAGGAUUGGUUGCACCAUUAAUUACAGUCUGUUAGUUAAGGAACUGCAGUACUGUUGAGUAUAUUUUAUAGAUUUAUCUCAAAACAAUUCAUGGUGAAAUCUUGAAAAAGUCAGAGAUUGAACACGUCAUGCAUCUAAACUGUUAAGUUUGAUCAAUGAUCUUAUACAAUGAAGACAUAAAGAGAGAAAGUUAUCAGUUGUAAAAUGUGCUGCAGUAAUACAAUAGCUUAGUGGGAUGUAUUAUGAUGAAUUGUGAACAAUGGCUGAUAAGUCCUUGGUACAUAAGAUGAAGAUAGGAUAAGUUGUCAGUAUUGAUAAGUGAAUUCUAUGAAUGUGAUUAAUGAUAGAUAUUUCUCAUGUCAAUAUAGUUCCAGCCUUUGGUAACCGGUGAAUGUUUUGAUGCAGAAAGAAAGAUAACUUAGCAACAUCCUGAUGCCAAGUGUAUUUCAUUUCAAACAGUGGUGGGAUUUUGAUGCACUUGGACAAAUGAAGAAUGGAAUAGAAAUCUUACUUAAACAUCCUACAUUUUUAGACAUAGAUCUGUUGUUGCCCAAUUCAAAAGCUGGAUUACUAGUGAUAGUUAUUUAGUUAAUAUGAACUAAUUGUGGCAUAUAAAUAUGUGAUAUAUUUUGGUGAAAACUUGAUGAAUCUCCACCAUGUAUUCUGUGACUUAUUUUGAAUUUAACAAAACUUGAUUCCAGUUUUAAAAAUAUUGUGCGAGUAUGACUCUAGAAUUUAAAGUUGAAAAAUGAUAAUAGAGAAUAUAUAUUAUUUUAUGUCAGUAUUAAAAAUAUAUAUUUUGAUACAUUGAAAGAGAAAAAAACAACAGCUUUUAAUUAUAACCAGUUUGAAGAAAUUUUCGAACCAGUAUUUUCAUAACAAAAUCUCAUAUAAGAAAAGAACAAUAACAAUUUUUUGAUGACCAAUUAUCAGUUAACCUUUUUGAAGGACAGAGGUUAAUUUUCAAACUGAAUGGUGCAGUGAAAAAGAUUGGUGAAACAAUCUAUCAGUGUUUGUAAAACUUGUGUAUUUUGCUGGACAUAAUUUAAUUUGGUAUGGACUAUUGGAUACAGAGCAUAUGAGACAGUGAGUCGGUACUUGAGAAGUGUUGACCAGACGUAAAGCAUCUGCAAUAGUGUUAAAUGUUUGGUACUAAGUUUUGACUUGAAGUUAGGUAUAUGUCACAAUUGUGAUAUAUUGGUGAUAUAAUACACAGAGUAUAAGGGAUACAUAUGAAGUGUGCGAGGUAUAAAAAACAAGUGUGAAGAAAUAUUGGUGUGAAGUCCUUGAGAGGAGAAUUUAGGUUUACACUACAAGCUUGAAAUAUCUUUGUGAAGUGCUGAGAAGGUGCCCUGGACUAGUAAGCCAGAUGAUCGCAAUGCCACAUAUGGACACAACCUGGAUGUCGAAGGCCCGUCGAAGGAGGGGCAUUGCACUGGCCCUUGCAUCCGGGGGUCUCAAGAGUGCAGUGUCUGUACCACCCCGCAUGGAGAUUUCUGAUCCCUUGUUCCAGUUGAAGGGGACAAAAAUGGUCGGGGAGUGUGCGGUGACAGAAGGAGUUGCCAAUGCUAUUCAUGUGAACAAUGAGAAGCGUGAGGCAAUCCGGCGUCGUGCCCAGGAGCUGGCAGAGCAGCGGCGACAGAGGAAGGCGUACUCCACCCCUCUGUACACGUCCAUCAGUGAGAGAAAGCUAAAGUCUAGAGUGCAGAGCAGUAAGUUGCCCCAGUCGACGCCUGUGUCACCCACCCCCCACGGGCCGCGCAAGGACAAGGCCCCACCCCCUAAGAACGUCUGGGAGGGGGAGGAGAAGCAGACGAGUCCGAGCCCAGUGAAGCUUGAGCCUACACCCCCACCUUCUGCAGACAGCGCAGUCAAGAAGGAAAUCUUCAUUACACUGGUGUCACCCAAACCAGAAGAGACAGACCAAGUGCUAGUUGAGGACCUUAAAGACAAGGGGUUAGAAAAAAAGGUGACCUUUACAGAGACCUUGACCACUGAACCAGAGAAAACUAGUAGGUCCCCUUCUCCAAAGGUCAAGAAAAAAGAUGAGAACACAUUAUUGGAGGAGCAGCGUCUAAAAGAUGCUCUCGAGCAACAACGCCAACAUCAGCUGCAAGAGCGCGAGCGGCUCUUGCGGGCGCAACAGGAAGUAGAGGAGGCGCACCAGGCUCGCGCUCGAGAGGAAGAGAGGCUCAGAAUGCAGCGGGUGUCUAACAAUUUGCACAAACAGCCCCUGUCACAGCGGGCACAACAUCAUGAGAAUUACUAUGAAAAUACAAUGAAUGCUGCAGCAAAGAAAAGAAAAGGUAAAGGUGCUGCUGCUAAAUCACAGACAGUAAAGUCUGAAAAAGCAGAGAAGUCUUCAAAGACCAAGGUGCCAGAUAUUGAAGAGAAAACAGCUACACAAGAAAAGAAAGCUAAACAUAAGCUCUCAAAGUCAACUGUCCCAAAGAAGGCUAUUUUAGCAGGAAUGGGUUCAGACUUGAAGCCUAUGUCUUUGCUUUCCAACACUACACCCCCUGUAAAGCGCAAGAAAGUUCCAGAACAAGUUCUGCCAGUCACCAAGCCUGAAGAAAUAGAGGUUCCAGCAGUUGAGCCAGUCCCAGAGAAAGAACCAGAAGCUAAACCAUUGUCGGCAGUCAGAGAGCACAGGCAGGUAGUCGUGGAGCAGAGGGACAACGUGAAGAAGGAGAAACGACGAGAAAUACGGCGGUGCGUGAAGAAACCGGAUGAGAAGGUGGAGGAGUUGUCCGUCCCCGAAACCUCUGCGCAGAAAGUUCAGUCCUGGAUUUUUGGAAACGAGGACUUCUCAGAAAAGAACGAGAAGAGUAAAGAUGUGGUAAGAGUUGAUGUUCCUCUACCCACCCUGUCAGACGAUCUCAACCCUGAACUGAUAGCAAAAGAAAAACAAGCAAAAAAAGAGAGAAGACGAAAAUCAGUGCUAGCAGCAUUUAUUGACGUUGCAAACCAAUCAACAAAGAAAUUACGUAAACCUGGCAUUCGGGACAGUUCUUACACGGACGAGCUUCAACGGCUCGAGCUUGCAGAGGAGCGACGGAGGAAACAGCAGGCAAUGUUUGAGAGGCUGAAGCAUAGAAAAUCGUUUUCGAUGGAGGCUGGAGACAGUGAUGGAUUAUCAAGAUUUGAGGAUUAUGGUUUUCUUGCAAAGUUCUGCAUUUUUACAAAGAGCAAUAUGGAAAUGUACAGACAUGCUUUUGAAGCUGUAGAUGACCUGGGUGUAGGCUGGCUGGAGGGAGAGGAUGUGAUGAUUGCUCUCCGUGGAGUCAACAACAGACUGACCGAGGCAGAGGAGGAGUAUCUCUACAGGGUGCUGGAAUUGACAGGGUACAAGAUUACGCACGGGGCUGACUUCAAGAUGUUCUCAGUUCUGGCUGCUCUCUCACAGAGGAUAACUAUGCUAGAUAAGUGGAUGAAGAACCUAAUUGGUCAGAUGGACUUCAAGGCCCUAGAGAUGAAGAUGUUCAAAUGCAAAACUCUAUGGGAAUGCAAUGUGGACAGAGAGACCAACAAGAUCUCCAUAGACCAGCUGUGUGUGGACCUGAGGGCGGGUGGGGUAAGCAUGGAACACGAGUUGGAGGUGCGAGAGAAACUGGCUCAUCUACACGCACUUGAUCUGCUGGACUUUCUCACUUACGUACCACUGUUCAUCAUGAUUCACCAGUCUGUAGUGCAAAACCCUUUGGAUGAUUCAAGGACUAAGUGAUACUGACAUUAAAUGGUUGUUGGAAUGUAAAUUGCAGCUGACAGACUGAGAAGUAGGGAAACUUGUAUGUGCAUAGUUAGAUUAAUUGGUACUAUGUAUGUAACUGAAAAUGAAAAGGGUUGGUUUAAAUUGGGAGAAAUGGGUGGUUCAAGUUUUCUGGCCAUUAACUUUUUAUCUAUGAUGUUGACUUGAAAAUUCAGCAGUAAAUACAAUUAGAUGUUUGAAGAAAUACAUGAAAUACUGUAUGUGUUUACAAAGUAUUUGAUGUUUGAAGAAAUACAUGAAAUACUGUAUGGGUGUACAAAGUAUUUUGUUGGAAUGGCUUGUUUAGAAAACUACGGAUACUACAGUCAAUCUUGUAAGAAGAGACCACUCAAGGGAGUAACCAAAAGUGGUCUCUUAAUAAAAUGGUCUUUAAAUAAAAAAGGCCAUUCUGGAAGAUUGCGUACCCUCAAUUUUAAAUCUAUAUGAAGGAUAAUCUCUGUUGUUCACAAUGAUUUCAACUUUUGAAAUGAAAUGAAUAUAAACACAAUGCAUAAACAAUAUUUUACUUAAAAUGUGUUUUAUUUUAUAAAUCAGCGAACAAGUUUGUCUCUUAACCCUUUCCCACAUAAAUACGUAUAGUCCCGACUAUCGAUUCCCCCAUACAUACGUAUUAUCUCGACUCUAACGAUUAGCGCAUCCAUACGACUUAACGACUCUAUCGUUUACCUCAUAAUCCCGUAUAAUCACAACUACCAUUUCAAAAUCUUGCUUAAAUUAACGAUUAAAGUAUAAGCUGCUGGUUGCUGGUCGCGUAAGACCAAAGUAACAAAAUACAAUAUCAAAAUAUAGUGGAAAAGCUCCGUGCAAUUUCAAAGUCGUCGCAUAAGACAAAGGUCGCUUAAUUCAAGUGGUUGCAUCCACAAGAUUGACUGAACACUUAAAUUUGAUAAAAAUGGUUUGAUCAAAAUAAUGCAUUAUAGUUGUGCCUAUUUUUAUGGGCUAAGAUCAAUUGCUAAGUUUUCUGUUACACUUUAUUAGUUUUUAUUUAUGUACAUCUGAUUUUUCAGAAGCAUGAAUUAUUGUCAUUUAAAUGUAAUAAUUUUUUAAUGAACCAUAUAUUUACCCUUUUUCCCAUAAGAAGUGAAGCUGAAAAUGGCUUUUGCAGCCAGCAUAAAACCAGAACAGCUUGCGAGUAACUGGCAGUGUGUUCAGGUUUUAUGCUGUUUGCUGCUCAUCAGUAUCUAAGCGUUGGAAAGGAAGCCUUUAAGAUUGAAUCAAGUAAGAAAGGUCUUUACUUAAAUCAAACUUUUAAUUUGGGACCACAAAUGCAUCGAAAUACUUAUCUAAGUGGUAAAGGGUUAACUAAUGUUGCAUUUCACUUUAAUAAUCAAUGGGCUUCAUAUAUGUCUUACAAAUGUUUAACACAUAUUCAUUAUGCUCUUUUGUAAGUAUAGUUUUAAUAAAACUAAAAUGAAUGUUAUAUUUUAUUUGGUACGCUCCUAAUUAAAUAUGUAUUUUAUGGUCUUUGAUAAUAAAUACAACUUCAAUUUAAAAAAGUUGGCACACAAAAAUAGAGACUCACAAAACUACUUGCAAUAUGGACAGACUUUUAAAUACUCACGAAUGUAUUUGUAUACGAUGUAUUUUUUUGUUUUAUAUCCCUCUUGGGUGUUCUUAUUGUUAUGUUUUUGUGAUAUUUUGCUUGUGAUACAUUUUAAGUCCAUGGUUGCAAUAUGUACCGUCAUGGCAUCCUAAACCUAUAGUUUCUAUCAACAAAUCUCAAUUCAGUCACAGAACAAAGUCAUACAAUAUUUGUAUUUAUAUGGCAUACAAUUAAGAUUAGAUAUAUAUAUGCUUGGAAAUAAUCAUAUAAAACUUUAAAUCAAAUCCUGAUUGUUUUUAAUGGAAAGCAUAGGCGAAGAUUUGAUUAACACAUUUUGUAGUUGAAAUUCGAAUGCACUGUAAGUAUGUCAUUGUUCAGUAUUGUGAAAACUGGUGCAUACAGUGUUAUAUUUCACCAUCAGAUGGUUUAAACGUCAUUGACAUGUUUAUGGAAAACCAUUUAUUAUACAAUGAAUUUAUCAGUGUAUGACAAAAUGAAUAUUCAUUAACCCUUUUCCCCAUAAGAAGCAAAGUGAAAAUGGCUUUUGAAACCAGCAUAAAACCGUAACAGACUGCAAGUUACUCGCAGUUUGUUCAGGUUUUAUGCUGUUUGCUGCCCAUCGGUAUCUUAAGGGUUGGAAAAUAAAACUUUUUAAACUUGAAUCUUGUUAGAGAGGUUUGAUUUAAUUUAAUUUUCGAAGAGACUUCAAACGUGUAAAAGUGCGUCUCCGAGUGGUAAAGGGUAAAGUUUAACAUAUUUGGUGAGUAUAAUCAAUACAAUUUGAUAACAAUUCUAUACAUGUACUGAUCUUCCCAAGCAUAACAGGAUUAGUUUCUAUCAUUAUGUUUAAAAAAAAAGUGGUUUGUUUUCAUUAACCCGACCAGCCAAACGUUUGUGCGCCGAACCUAAACUUUGUGUUGAGUUUUUAUAUAUUUUUGCUGAAUUCACUGAAAAACUAUAAAGUUUGGGGUCACUAUUGGUUUAUUUAAUCACUACAUAAACUUUAAAGUAACUAAAGAAAGAAUAUUUAAAAGGUUUCUUAAGAUUUGCUUGUGUCAUUGCACAUUCUUUUUGAAUCUUGAAGUGUAAAAUGGGUUAAUAAAAAUAAUUUGCCAAUUUCCUACCAACCCUAUUUUGUUGGCGUGUUUAAAGAAUCAAAAGACUUCUUUUGUUAGACUGAUUUACAACUCCUGAAUCUAUAGUUUGUUACAUUGUACUGAUGUAGAAAGUAGAGGUGUAAUUUAAUAAUCAGAAUAAAAGAAAAUUAUGAGGUUGUCACUGUAUUUGUUAAUAAAUUACUGUCUCGCUGUCCAAUUGAUAGCUUUUUAUCAGUGUUAGUACAGAGGUAACACACAGUAUUAUAUUGUUAUGUAAAUAUUGUUACACAAUAAUAAUUGUAGAAUUUAUGUAGUAAGAUAAAUAAAUUAGCAAGACAAUAAAUAUGUAAAGCAUG